UCCGGAAGUCAGUCUGGGCCAAACAUCCGGGUUUUCGCCUUGGAGGUCCGGUAGAUACUACCUCGCUCGGAUACUGUCUCUUGCCCCGGUCCACCCCCUUGCCGGCUCCUUUUAGGCGCGCGAGGCUCGCGUGAGCUUCAGCGACGGGAACCCUUGAGGGACAUGGCGACUACAGCCGUGCCGGGCGGCGGGACCCGAAGCGGGGCUGGUCCAGAAUGGGGUGGAUUCGAAGAAAAUAUCCAGGGUGGGGGCUCAGCUGUGAUUGACAUGGAGAACAUGGAUGACACCUCAGGCUCCAGCUUUGAAGACAUGGGUGAGCUGCAUCAGCGACUCCGUGAGGAAGAGGUAGAUGCUGAUGCGGCUGCUGCAGAUGAGGAGGACGGGGAGUUCCUGGGCAUGAAAGGCUUUAAGGGACAGCUGAGCCGGCAGGUGGCUGAUCAGAUGUGGCAGGCAGGAAAGAGACAAGCAUCCAGAGCCUUCAGUUUGUAUGCCAACAUUGACAUCCUGAGACCUUACUUUGAUGUGGAGCCUGCCCAGGUGCGAAGCAGGCUACUGGAGUCCAUGAUCCCCAUCAAGAUGGUCAACUUCCCCCAGAAAAUCGCAGGGGAGCUCUAUGGCCCUCUUAUGCUGGUCUUCACGCUGGUCGCCAUCCUUCUGCAUGGGAUGAAGACGUCUGACACCAUUAUCCGGGAGGGCACUCUGAUGGGCACAGCCAUUGGCACCUGCUUUGGCUACUGGCUGGGCGUCUCGUCCUUCAUUUACUUCCUCGCCUACCUGUGCAACGCCCAGAUCACCAUGCUUCAGAUGUUGGCACUCCUGGGCUAUGGACUCUUUGGACACUGCAUUGUUCUGUUCAUCACCUACAACAUCCACCUCCACGCCCUAUUCUACCUCUUCUGGCUGCUGGUGGGGGGGCUGUCUACCCUGCGCAUGGUGGCAGUGCUGGUGUCUCGGACCGUGGGCCCCACCCAGAGGCUGCUCCUGUGUGGCACCCUGGCUGCCCUGCACAUGCUCUUCCUGCUGUAUCUGCACUUUGCCUACCACAAAGUGGUAGAGGGGAUCCUGGACACGCUGGAGGGCCCCAACAUCCCGCCCAUGCAGAGAGUCCCCAGGGACAUCCCCGGUGUGCUCCCUGCUGCCAGGCUUCCCGCCACCGUACUCAAUGCCACAGCCAAGGCUCUCGUGGUGUCACUGCAGUCACACUGACCACCUAAAAUUCAUGGCCAGCCCUGUCACCCCAGUUUUGGAGCAGAAGAAGAUUAAAGGACAGGACUGUGUCUCUGUUGGGGUCUGCAGCCAUCACUGAGCUGUACUGACUUAGGUGCCUCCAUGACAUGUUUCCAGGCUGCUGAAAGGCACAAGGCGGGGAACUCCCGGCCAGGACUGCCAGGCUCUGGAGCCAGUGUGGAAAGUGGGUCAGCACCCUGAACCUCCUUCCAUGUCACUAAUUAUAAACUUGGUAAUUAAAGCACGGCUUGAGCCUGGAACUGCAGGUCCUGUACCAGUGAUCUCCCUGUCAUCUGCCUCCACACACAGAGGUAACAUGCCAGGUCCUUUCUUUAUCCCCUCACUCUGGCAAGAAGGUGGGAGAGGCCAGACCACUUAGAUGGCAGUGACUUUGUGGAACCUGCCCAAGGACAGAGCAUAUGUGACCUGUGGAGCAAAGCGCAGGCCUGAGGAAGAAUGCACCCGCCGUGAGUCUCCACUGCCUGCACUUUCAGUAUGGACUGGACAAAACUUCCAGAUCGAACCCCAGUAUGAGGACCUGGUGCAGCUGCGCCACCACCGAGCAAAUUUUCCCAUGGAGCUCACAUCUGAAUCCAACUUGACUUGCCCCUAGCUUUACCUGGGCCUGCCCCCAUUGGCUUUCUCUUCUGGCCUUCUCACAGGAGCGCCCUAGCAUUGCACCACCCACUACCUUCGAUCAGCUCCCAUUAAGAAGCUGAUUGAAAAUUCAAGCCAGGUGGCCGGUACCUAAAAACCCAACAUUUAAGAGGCUGAAGUAGGAGUUCAAGCUCAACCCAGGCAAUUUACCAAGAGCCUGGCACAAAACACAAAUUUACUCUUUCAAAAUAGCCUGUGGCUGCUAAGCCUGUCAUCAGCAUCUUUACUUCUCAAUAAAGGUGCCCAGAGCUGCGCCCUUCAUUUUCCGUUA